AGGUCAAUUGUUAUUCUCAGUUUUCUGUAAUGGCGGAGCACGGGGAGGGAGACGGUAUUGAUUUCCACGACGACCAGAUGGCGCAGCCGCAUUUCCGUGGUCCAGCUCCGCCGCCCAGCGCAGUUAUGCGUGGCCCUCCCCCGUUGCUUAGACCUCCACCUCCACCAUUUGGCUUGAUGAGGGGACCCCCUCCGCCACCACGUCCUCCUUUUGGGCGACUGCCCUUUGACCCCAGUAUGCCGCCAAUACCCCCUCCUGGAGGAGUACCCCCACCACUUGGACCUCCACACCUGCAGAGACCGCCCUUCAUGCCUCCGCCAAUGGGCAACUUGCCUCCGCCCCCUGGGAUGAUGUUUCCACCGGGAAUGCCUCCCGUGCCGGCUCCCGGAACCCCUGCGCUGCCCCCUGCUGAGGAGAUCUGGGUGGAGAACAAGACGCCUGAAGGAAAGGCGUAUUACUACAAUGCCCGGACGCGCGAGUCUGCUUGGAACAAGCCGGAGGGAGUGAAGGUGAUCCAGCAGUCGGAGCUGAGUGCCCUGAUGGUGCCGCCGCAGGCGGGCGCCCCCUCCGGCGCCUCGCCCAGCCUCCCGACGGCCGCCCCCGCCCCCGUCUCCAUCUCCACCCAGGCUCCCUCGCCCUCCCUCACCACCAGCCCCAUCUCCAGCAGCGCCUCCACCCCGGCUGGCGCUCAGCCCAUCGUCGCUGCCCCAGAGUUGCCCCCCGUGGUGACGACCCCAUCCUCCGUCGGGAUGAACCCGGUCGCCGUGGUCAGCGUUUCCACGGUGACGGCCAGCGCAGCGCCUGCGCAGACGAUGCCGCAGCUGCUUCCGCAGAGCCUGCCGGCUGCGCUGCCGCACAGCGUGGCCCAGCCCGCCCCCUCCAUCCCCACGUUCCCCCCCGUCGUGGUGCCUCCCUUUCGGGUGCCUCUACCCAGUAUGCACAUCCCUCUCCCCGGUGUAGCAAUGAUGCAGAUAGUAAGCAGUCCCUUUUUAAAGACAAUCGCUCCCAACAAGAACGGUAUGCUCCCAAGCAUGGCCCCUCCCCUAGUUCCCAUGAUGCACCCGCAGCUUGCCAUCCCGGCUACGCCAGCCCCCCUCGCUGGUGGCCCGCCCAUCCCGGAGUGGUCCGAGUACAAGACCGCUGACGGGAAGGCCUAUUAUUACAACAACCGCACCUUGGAGUCCACGUGGGACCGGCCUCACGAGCUGAAGGAGAAAGAUAAGAACCUGGGGAAGGGCAAGGAUAGGCCUUCGCUGGAGGACAUGGACCUCAUGGGCUUGGAUGACAGGGAGCUCAAAGGGGAACCACCGAAAGAGGCCAAAGAAGAGCCAAAGGAGGAGGAGAUGACCGAGGAGGAGAUUGCGGCUCAGAAAGCCAAACCAGUGGCUACCAACCCCAUCCCGGGAACCCCCUGGUGCAUCGUGUGGACCGGCGACGAACGCGUGUUCUUCUACAACCCAACCACUCGCCUCUCCAUGUGGGACCGACCCGAAGAGCUGGUGGGGCGGGCCGAUGUCGAUCGGACCAUCCAGGAGCCGCCCCACAAGAGAGGCUUGGAGGGCCCUCGCAAGAUGGGUGAGAUGAUGAUGGGUCCUUCCUGGGGCUGCCUGAGAAAACAGCAGCCUGACAGACCACUGUUGCCUCCAUCAGAGAUCAGUAAGAAUGAGAAGGACAUGGUGGCAGAAGAUGGCGUAGAAGAUGAGCCCGUCAAGGCAAAGAAGAGGAAGAAGGAGGACACCAAAGAGGAGUCCGAGAAGGAGAUGGCCAUGGACGCAGAGAUCAAGGCGGCCCGCGACCGAGCUGUGGUGCCCAUGGAGACGCGCGUGAAGCAGUUCAGGGACAUGCUGCUGGAGAGAGGGGUUUCGGCCUUUUCGACGUGGGAGAAAGAGCUGCACAAGAUCGUGUUCGAUCCUCGGUAUCUGCUGCUCAACACUAAGGAAAGGAAGCAGGUCUUUGACCAGUAUGUGAAGACGCGGGCGGAGGAGGAGAGAAAGGAGAAGAAAAACAAGCUUAUGCAAGCCAAGGAGGAGUUCAGGAAGCUGAUGGAGGAGGCCAAGCUGGGCGCCAGGACGACUUUCAGCGAGUUUGCGGCUAAGCAUGCCAAGGACGCUCGGUUCAAGGCCAUCGAGAAGAUGAAGGACCGGGAGGUGAUAUUCACGGAGUUCAUGAUUGCGCUCAGGAAGAAGGAAAAGGAAGACUCCAAGACCAGGGGGGAGAAGAUAAGGCAGGACUUCUUCGAGCUCCUGUCCGACCACCACCUCGACGGGCAGCAGCGCUGGAGCAAGGUGAAGGACAAGGUGGAGAGCGAUCAGCGCUACAAGACCGUGGAGAGCUCCGCCAUGAGGGAGGAGCUCUACAAGCAGUUCGUGGAGAAGCUGGCGAAGAACCUGGACUCUGACAAGGAGAAAGAUCUUGAGCGGCAGGCCAGGAUCGAAGCCAGCCUGCGAGAGAGGGAACGGGAGGUGCAGAAAGCCCGCUUCGAGCAAUCCAAGGAGAUCGACCGUGAGCGGGAGCAGCACAAGCGAGAGGAGGCCAUCCAGAACUUCAGAGCCCUUAUGUCCGAUAUGGUAAGGACGUCGGACGCCACGUGGUCAGAAACGCGACGGAACCUGCGCAAGGACCAUCGCUGGGAGACGGCCUCGCUGCUGGAGCGAGACGAGAAGGAGAAGCUCUUCAACGAGCACGUGGAAGCCCUGACCAAGAAGAAGAAGGAGCACUUCCGGCAGCUUCUGGACGAGACCACUCUGAUCACGCUGACGACGACAUGGAAGGAGGUGAAGAAGGUGAUUAAGGAGGACCCUCGCUGCAUAAAGUUCUCCAGCAGUGACCGGAAGAAACAGAGAGAAUUCGAAGACUACAUCAAAGACAAAUACAUCACAGCCAAGGCAGACUUCAGGACACUGCUGAAAGAGACCAAAUUCAUCACGUACAGGUCCAGGAAGCUGAUCCAGGAGUCCGACCAGCACCUUAAGGACGUUGAGAAGGUCUUGCAGAACGAUAAGCGCUACCUGGUACUGGACUGUGUUCCUGACGAGCGCAGGAAGCUCAUCAUGUCCUACAUUGAGGACCUGGACCGCCGAGGACCUCCGCCUCCCCCCACCGCCUCCGAACCCACACGCCGUUCCACUAAAUGAGCCCCUCCUCCCCCCUUCCUGGCCCCCGCUGACCCAUAACCGCACAGUGCCAGGUAUAACGUCCCGUCAUCACAUGGAAGCGGCCCGGCGGCUGAGGGCUGGUGGCCUGUUGCCUGCAGGGCGGCGACGGUGAGCAGGCGGGGGCACACGCCGAUAGCGGUCCGUUUAUGUGCCGGUCACCGGCUCCGUGACCGCAGGUCUACGCCUGAGAUGAGCGAGUACAGCCCGUCGUUCGGGCGUCGUCCGUGCGGGAGACAGCGACGGCCUUUUUCCGCUCCUCGUCGUCAUUGUUACAAUAUGGUUUAGUUUGAAUGUUCCUGUUUCUAUAGUGGUUUGAUUUUUAUUUUUUUUUUUGACUUGUUGCUAUAUUUCUGUAAACAAAACAAAAAAAUACUGGAAUAAAAGCAACUUCCCAUUUUUUUUUAAA